CACUAUGAGAACGUCAGCAGCGAACCCAUGGCCACCAUCGGACAGCACCUGCAAGAACUCAACCGCAAAAUGGCUGAAGCCCCCUGCGCAUACGACCCACCCGCCACAGCCGACAUGCACAACACACGCUCAACGGAUGACUACGACACGCACAUGCACACGCACACAGCCGAGGACUAUGACUCACACAUGCACACGCUCCCCCAUGCGCACGACCCUGAUGCGGCCCACGACUAUGGAUGCUUCGACCGCUCAUCGGAUGUAGAUGUGUUCGAAGAGUACAUUGACGAGUAA